AAAAAAAACCAAUAAAAGCAAUGUAGACACAGAUAAUGAUUUAAUGUGUAGCUGUUUUAUUGUUUUUUGCUGUGCAUGUUGAUGUUUGAUAAUGGACAACAAAGAUUUAUCCCGGAGUUCGGUCGCGUAAACAGCGUCACAUCCUCUUCCUUUUGCAGUUUUUAGGGGCCUGGAAGAAACGAAAAGAAGGUGCAUGUAAGUUAGCGGCUUUGCUACGCUUUCAAACUAUUCACAGUGUGUCCGGAGCGGGUGCUGCCUCCCGACAAGUAAGAGGAAAUAAUCCGUUUUUCGUCGAUACUGCGAGUGUGAGUCUGAGUGUGCAGCUGUCGGGUGCGGGCCGUGCUAAGGGAUCGUCUUAAAAUAUGUGCUAGGAAAUAAACGUCGAGGUACGCAGCAGCAGAAGUGAAACCGAAGGGAUGCCUGCAGCAGAGAGCAACCAUGCCCAGCGUGUCCUGUCCUCCCUGAACCAGCAGAGGGCAGUAGGGAGGUUUUGUGAUGCAGUGUUGAAUGUGGGAGGUGGAGUGGUCUACCUGGCACAUCGCAACAUCCUUUCCUGUUUCAGUGAACUGUUCCAACAGUCCAACAUGCCCACUGCAACAUGCAUGGAGUUCUGCCUUCAGGAGUGCCCCAAUGAUGGCCUGGAGCUGCUCCUGAACUAUGUCUACACCGGAGAGCUGAAGUUGAAUCCUGACAACCUGGACAAGGUGCAGCACGCAGCGGCCAGCCUGUGUGUACCAGAAGCACUUGCGCUCUGUCAGCAGUUCAAGGAAACCUCUGAGGAUCCUGUUCCUUUCAAGCGUAAAAGAGGAAGACCUAGAAAGUCUACAUCAGAUAUAACUCCUUGUUCAGUCAAGGAAGAAAAUGUGCAUACAAUCGCAAAAGAUGAGUCCAGCUUUGACACUGCCACAGCCAAUGUUAGCAUGGCUGCCGCCGCCGCCACCACCACCACCACCCGCUCCGGUCGUGUAGUGAAGGGCCCCAGGCGACUGGUGACGGAUGGGAGCCCCAUCACUGAUCUUACAGCCUCUGAAAAAUCCAGCAAGAGGCCUCCACUUAUUCCCACGGAGAGAGAAAGUGGGGAUGUUGUGGAGAACCAAAGCUCAGAUCAGCCAACUGGUGAACCUGAGGUAACAGAGCUGCAGAUCGACGAAAAUGAUAAUGGUGUAAGCCAUGUAAUAGGAGAAGUAGAAGAAGAAGAAGAUGAUGAUGUGGGGGAUUUUGAAGGCAUCACUGAAGACACAGAUGAGGAGUACGUGCCCAUUGCCGAGCCCAGUUCCCUAGCCCCAUCAACAUCAACAGCACGGAAGCGCAAGGCCCUGUCUAAAACAGACAAAAACGAGAACGGCGAGGCCGUGGAAGAAGACUCGAAGAAAGACUCUGUGCAGUGUCCCAUCUGUGGCAAAUCCUUCAAGAGCAAAUACUACCUCAAAGUCCACAACAGGCGGCAUACAGGGGAGAGGCCCUUUGGUUGCCUUAAAUGUGGAAAGAGGUACUUCAGGAAGGAGAAUCUUUUGAUACAUGAGAUAAGAGACUGUGCUAGAGUACAGACGUACACCUGCCCGACAUGCUCCUCAACAUUUAAUGGAAAAGAAGAGCUCCGUUUGCACGUUGUCUCCCACACAGGAGAUAUGCCCCACAAGUGUUCAACGUGUCCUGAACAGUUUAUGCACAAGAAAAGCUUGACGAUUCACAUGAUGAAGGUCCAUGGUUAUCCCAAACCACAUGCAUGUCCCCAGUGCCCCAAAACCUUCCUAACUCGGACAGAGCUGCGAGUGCACGAAGCGGCCAAACAUCGAGGCGAGAAGCCGUUUGUGUGUGAGGAGUGUGGCCAUCGAGCAUCUAGUCGAAAUGGCCUGCAGAUGCAUAUCAAAGCCAUUCACAGAAAUGAACGGCCGUUUGUGUGUAACUUAUGUGGCCAUGCAUUCUCCCAGAAGAACAACCUAAACAUGCAUCUGCGUAUACACAGUGGGGAGAGGCCAUACCAAUGCCAUCUCUGUGGCAAAACCUUCAGGACGCAAGCCAGUCUAGAUAAACACAACCGGACACACACUGGCGAGCGUCCUUUUAGCUGUGAUGUUUGCGAGCAGCGCUUCACAGAGAAAGGCGCCCUCGUCCGGCACAAGGCCAGCAAGCACGAGGAGGGCCGUCCCCACUGUUGUCACAUAUGUGGCAAAACGUUCAAAGCGAGGGAGCAACUUCGUGUUCAUCUGCGUCGCCAUAAGGGCAUGAGGAAGUUCGAGUGUAUAGACUGCGGCUACAAGUUCACCCGGCAGGCGCACUUGCGACGACACAUUCAAAUCCACAAACGCACUGAGAACUACAACCCUCGGCAGAGAAAACUGAGGAACGUGAUAGUGCAGGAUGUGGACCGCAGUCCUGGAGAGACCGAGAACACUGAAGCGUUGGAAGCCUCGCUGAUCGGGGAGGAGACAGAUUACGUCCCAGAGUCCGCCGACAUCCAAGAAUCCACAAACCCAGAGCCUGACUCCGGGAUAGGCCUCAGUUCUAACUGCAUAGUGAGGGUGGUGAUCGAGCCGAGUGUCGCGGUCAUGGAGGAGGUGGUGUCCAACCAGAACCUGGGUCAUGUCGAGGCAGCUGAGAGUUUCUCCGUGCCAGAAGUCUUACAGCAAACGCAGCUGGUCACCGAGGCGUACGAGUCCACGAUGGAUAUGGAGGGAAUCGUUGAGAAUUUAUCAGAGAGUAAGACUUGAAGACUGCAAGGCCCACUCAGAGCUCACUCAAACCCACUCGAACCUGAAUGAGAAGCACUUAAAUGUGACAUAAGGGAUUAUGAGGAACACCCUUUAAAUAUCUGGUCUCACAGAUUCGAAGAUAAAGAAACAGCAAAGUCACUGUUGAGUGUGUACACCUGCAAGAGAAGAGCAGCCAUAUUUCUCAUGCUUUUAGUAGUUAAGGCAGUAAUGAACUGCAUGCUUAUGAAGGCUGGUUGAAUAUGAAAUAAUGCUUGUUUUUUGUUGAGUCUUUUUUUUUUAUGUGCUUACUGCAGUUGGACUCUGGAAAACCAGUAAUAAGUUAUCCUCACUAAAGGUAUUAAAGGAAUAGUUCGACAUUUUGGGAAAUACACUCAGGCGGUCUACAGUCAAAUGGUAACUAAAAUCUGCACCAGCACCUCGAGAGCUCACUAAUUAACUGGUUGGAUCUCGUUUGUUAAAUAUGUACAAAAACCAAAGUGUAAAAACGACAACUGCAGUUAAAUGGAAAUGAGUAUUUACUGACCACGGCUGGUAACUUCCUGGUGUUUCCACUGGUUGCCCUGCAUUUACUCAGAGCUCACUGGAGACUUGACGAACAAAAAAUAUGUAACAUGCUAAUUAGUGAGUUUUAGAGGAGUUGGUAGAAAGAUUUAGUUAAAGAUCCCCUCCAGACAUGUGUUUAUAACAUAUAUAAAUAGUCUGCUUGGAACAAUCUAUGAAUCUAUGAGUAUGUAAAUGUUAAGUUUUCCUGCUGGACACCAGAUGCCUCCUACUUCACUUUAAAGUCCAUACUCAGUGUCUGAGCACUGGUGGCUUCAAGUUUCUACAUCACACUUAAAUAAUAAUAAAUUGCAUAUUGGACUAGGAUUGACUUCCAGACUAUUUGAAACGUCAUAAAUCAUGCUCCUUAAAAUCAGACUCUCAGUGAGCAGAGAAACUUUCCACUUUCAGUAGAUUAAUGUGAAAACAUCUUUCUAGUGUAAAACUGCACAUACACUAUUCAGCACAGUGAAGGUCAAACAUCCAAAUGUAGGAACAGGAAGAAAAAUAUAUUUUCGAGUAGAGGGGGACUUUUAAGUUUAAAUACGACCAGGCUAGCUGUUUCCCCGUUUCCAGUCUUUGUGCUAAGCAAUGCUAACCAUCUGUUGACUGUAGCUUCAUAUUUACCAUACACAGAAGUAUCAAUCUUCUCCCUGCAAGAAAGCGUAUUUCCCAAAGUGUCAAACUUUAAGGUGGAUGUUUGUAGAGACGCUGACUGUGGGGCUCUUACCAGGGCAGAUAUACACUACUCACAAAAAGUUAGGGAUAUUCGGCUUUCGGAUGAAAUUUCAGAAUGUACAUAAAUUGCACUAUAACCUUUCCAGGUGAUCUUAAUUUGACCUUCUACUUAAAUGCCCUACUUUCAUGAUAUAAUAUCACUGUAGCAUCAACUUUUUACAUUUUCCAUAAAUUUCACCCGAAAGUGAAAUAUCCCUAACUUUUAGUGAGUAGUGUAUGUCUGUAUAUGGACAGGCUGGGUAGAGUUACGCUGUGGUGUUUUUUCACCACUAGUAGCGCUAUGGACCAAUGUUUUUAUGUGUGGGGUUUUUGUUGCAUGCAACUGAGGACACAGGUGACCUACUCCCUGCUAUCUGUCUGACCAACAGUUGAUGGCAAUAACGCGCAAGAAGCAACAAUGCUGCUGCAAAGGUAGUGAAGAAGAAGACUGCCAGUAUGCAAACAUGGAUGGAAAUAAUGUUAAAAUUGGUUUAACAAUUAUGUUAUGCAGAAAGAGAUGCAUUCAAUGUCUGUUUGACCUAAAGGAUACACGUGUAAUUGUAAAGUUUUGUUUGUUGACAAGAAAACUCCACAGGGCACCUUUUAAUGUUUAAAAAACCAAUUCAUUUGUUAAAUUUAAUUUAUACUGUCCUUAUAAACAGGUUGUAACAUGCAGAUUGUUUACAGACAUCCUUUCUUGGAAUUAAGAGGCUACACAGGUUAAUGAUUUUUUUAUGUUAAAAUAUUCAGCUUUAUAGGGGAAUGCAUUAGCUUACUCUUAAUAUUUAUUUAAAAAAAACGUAAUGCAUUAUGUCUUUUCACACUUGGCUGCAACCUGCUAACAGCUCAUCAAAUGUGACCCAGCAGAAUAAACUCUCAGACCUG